AUUUGUUCCUUUCGUGCCAAUCACUGAGGCAGGGAGCGUAAGACAGGUAAAGAAAGAGCUGGGACCGGGAAAGCGGACUGUACACUGAGGUUUGAGACCCAACUUUGAAAAGAGACCCUUUCGGAGAGAUCCGGCCAUUAUUAACCGGCCUGUCGUAUUGAAAGCUAGACAACGAGGCCUAUUGAGCUUCACUGUGUGUACUAAGAGAGACAGAAAGAGAGAGGGAAGGAGAGAGGCACAGCUUAGCUAAGUAGGACUGGCUACACGUAUAUUGAUACUGUGGUGGACGACUACAACAGCACAGUAGCAGGUAGAUCAACCCCAUAGUUCUGUGAUAUUUAUAUUAUACUCAUCAUCCUCAACUCUGCCAUCACGUUGGUGAACUUUUUUUUGGUCAAACUUCUUUGACUCACCAUCCAAGUGAAUGUAUCAUACCAUGGAAACGGAGUUAAAACCGGGAAUACAGGACCCGGCCGUCACCGUCCCCCAGGUGACAGCCCAGCAACUAGGACCCAUGCAACAGACUCCCACCACGAUGAGUUCCUCGGCCCCAGCCAGCCAGCCUCAGGGCGGCCAGAACGGUGGAUCCAAUGCUCAAGCCAACGCCGCCGCCGCUGCAAAAGCCGCUGCUGACAGAGUUAAGCGUCCCAUGAACGCGUUUAUGGUCUGGUCGAGGGGGCAGAGGAGAAAAAUGGCACAAGAAAACCCCAAAAUGCACAACAGCGAAAUCUCUAAACGCCUUGGCGCGGAGUGGAAGCUCCUGUCGGAGGCGGAAAAGCGACCGUUCAUCGACGAAGCGAAGAGACUGCGCGCCAUUCACAUGAAAGAACACCCCGAUUACAAAUACCGUCCACGACGAAAGACAAAAACUCUGAUGAAGAAAGAUAAGUUUGGUCUCCCCGGGAUGCCCGGAGGGCUCCCAGGGCAGCAGAUGCCAGGCCGGGAGAUGUACAUGAACGGCUACAUGCCUAACGGGUACCCAAUGAUGGCACACGACCCUAGCUCUUACCAGCACCCUCACAUGGCGGGCCAGAUGCAGAUGCCGAUGGGGCAGUAUGGUAUGUAUGGCGCCCCACCGGGCCAGAUGCCCCCACAGAUGACCAGCGGGUCGUACAUGAACGGGUCCCAAAGCUACACCAUGUCCAUGGCCCCUUACAUGCAGCCUCCGGUCCAACAGAUGCCCCAAGGGGUGAAAGCAGAAGGGGGCGCGCAGCCAGGAGGCCCCGCGGGGAGGGGACAGAGAUGUCCAGGUGAUAUCAGAGACAUGAUUAGUAUGUAUUUACCUGGGGACUCUAAUGACCCCAAUAUAAACGCUCAGAGAGCCGCGGCCAUGCAGAUGCAGGGGUACCCUGCUGUGGCCCACUCCUCUCAAUCUUCAUCAGAACAGGGAGUAACAGGGGGACAGGUACAGAACACAGUCCCGUUAACGCAUAUGUGACAAUUACAGCAACAAUCUCAAUAACAAUCCAUUUUACAAUAUCAUCAUUGUUAUUGUUGAUUGCGACGACUCCAUCUGUUCUCUGAUGUGGUUGUUCUUGUGUGAGAAGAAAGAGGAGACAAAAUUCGGCGGUGGCCCAGUCGUCUCGUUUCAAUCACAUUUCCAGUACAAUCUUUAUUACCAGUCCCAAGACUUUUCAUUUAAUUUUCUUUUUUUGAAGUGAAAUGCACAAUCAGCGAACUGAAUUCCCAAAGAUCACGCACUCACCGAGUUUUGUGAAGUAAUUUUAUAAAGUUGAGCAGACCAGAGAAAGAGAGACACGCCGUGCUAAGGCUCAGCUUGAAGCACCUCCGACCAAACAAACUUCCAAUUAAAAAACUUACUCUGUACAAAAGAAUUGACGUUUUUGUGUGACCCUUAAAUGCCGUGCACUGUGAAACUCUAAGGAAUUUAACAGGCGUCCAAACCGACCUUCAAUUGCACCUCGUGAAAGGAAAAGAAAGACUGCUACAAAAAGUCGUUGAUGGUUACAUCCUCAUUUCAUCAUUUCAAAAUGGCGCGAGGAGACAGCGGAAAAGCCGAACACGGGAGUUUUAUCCCGGCAGUUAUUUUUCCUUGAGACCGAUCAAGUCUGCAAAAAAAAAA